AUGUUCUGGCGCCGAUCAAUCCCUGGAUACGAGUGCCGAGGGAGGUCCUGGUCGGAGAGCGACUGCCUCGAGUGGUCCCGCAACCUCCUCUCCAAGCUCCUCGCGAACCUCACCCUCCUCGAUGGCGAAGGAAACCUCUUCAUCCGCACCAGGAACAUCGAGAAGGUCGAGGGCGAGGCCUACGUCAACAUCCACAAGGGGAAAAUCAUCCCCGGAAACGAGCUCAGCGUCGCUCUUUCAUGGGAAGGCGAGGCAAAAGACGCCGACCGUAAGUCCUUGCUCAAAGUCGACGGAUCUGUGGAUCUCCCUUACAUCUCCGACGAGAACAUGGAUGAGGACCCCGAAAUUAGGGUUACGGUGAGCGACGACAGCCCGAUCGGGAGGAGAUUGAAAGAGGCGAUGCUGGCCAAGGGAAACCGGUGA